AUGUUGGCCCUAAGCCGGGUACGGCCAAGCAUGGAGGCAGUGCAAGCCAAUUGGCGCACGCGCCGACCCACCAGCUGAGCGUCACCAGUCUCCCUGUUUCGUUCACCUCAGGCCAACCUCACCCAAGUCAACCCACCGCCGAUUCCACGAAGAUCAACCCUGCGAUUGCGCCAACCACUUGAAUGUGCGCGCUACAAUGCGCAGCCUCCCACUCGCAAUACUCUCGUCGGUCCUGGCGUAUGCAAAUGUCGCGAUAGCCGGUGAUAUGAUUACGAAUUCCCGAAUUAAAGUCCAGUUGUUUGCCGCACCUGCCUUCUUUUCCGAGGUAUCCGUGGAUGCGUACAACAACCAGUGCCUGUCGCUCGAUAACAACUUAAUCGAUGGACGAGUGCAAUCAAUCCUCGUGGGUGGCCAUGACGUUUCUGCGGUGCUGAGCAGAGACGAUUACUGGUACUGCCAGUUCUUCGACAACUAUGACUGCAAGAGUGAAAGCGGUGACCAAUAUCUGACAUUCGCCGACGGGGUCAACAACCUGGCGAGCAUCGGCUGGGGGACAAAAAUUCACGGCUUGCGAUGUCGUAAUCAGAACCCAAGCAGCUCAUGAGCAGCAAUUAGCACCCAGCACUACCUUACCCGAGAUGGACGAUCCUUCAACUUCCCGUCGUAAAAGCCACAUAUGCCAUAAAGACACUAUAAACACGCUGUCUCGCAGCAGCCGAUGAUUCUAGCGAGAGUCGCGUCGACGUCAUUGCGUCACCGUGAGAAAGUGGAAAGAAGAGGGUGGUAGUCUUGCCGCAGUACAAGCGAGGCGUAUUGGCGUUUGGACACAAUUUUGGGAAUAUCUUCGACGAAGAAUCCAGGCAUUUCUGGGACUAGUGUGUGGUUUCAACUCGUCAAACUUGGGGUUGUUCAUCGUGGUUAAUGUAUAUAUUCGGCAGAGCCUCUUAUGACUCCUGGGGGCCGCAAACGACGCUGGUGUUCGAAGUGCUCGACACCACUGUGGUCAGGACCAACGAUGUAGAGCAAGCUUUUGCGCACAAUCUAGGAGCAAAUUCAGUCUUCAAGAG